AUGGCAUCACAUACUAUCCGCCAUCUCAAAAACGGCAUUCGCGCCCUGGCCGGCGGCGAGUCCGGGUCCCGAACAGUUCUCAUUUCAGGAUGGCCCGAGACAGCCGAGUCAUUCAGCGACAUGGUCGACACGAUCGCUACGAAGCACCGCUUCCUGGCCGUUGAACCGCCGGCGCUGGGCGAAUCCGCCUUCUCGACAUCCGGCUACGACACGGCGAGUAUCAGCAAGACAAUGGCCGAGGCCGUGCACGACGCACUCCCCUCGCAGAGCGGGUACCAUCUCGUCGGCCACGACAUCGGGGCCUGGAUCUCCUACGCCUGGGCGGCGCAGUUCCCCAGCCGGAUCCUAAGUCUCACUGUCCUCGACGCCGCUGUGCCCGGUUACGCGCCCGCGAUGACGUUUCCCCUCCCACCAGCCGCAAACGUCAAACUGUGGCAGUUCUCCUUUGCCGCUCUGCCGGACCUGCCGGAGAUGCUCACCAGGGGUCGCGAGCGCGAACUCCUCACCUGGUUCUUUGACCGCAAGAUGCACGCCCCGGAGAAACUCCCCCGCAGCAGGCUGGAGCGGUACAUCGAUGUCUAUUCCCGGCCGGGCGUCCUGAGUCAGAAUUUCGAGUAUUACCGCGCUGUGGCGACUAGCGCAGAACAAAAUCGCGCUUUUGCUGCGCAGGGGAAAUUGAAAAUGCCGGUGUUGGCGUUGGGAGGACAGAGUGCGAUGGGGAAGAUGCUGCACUCGUGUAUGCAGCCUUUGGCUGAGAAACUGGAGGGGGGUGAACUGGAGGACUGUGGCCAUUUCUUGAUGGAGGAACAGCCUCAAAUCCUGACGGAGCGGUUGAUGGAGUUCUGGAGUCGUACGGAGAAAGAGCAAUGA